UCCGACUCACGCACGAUCAUGAGACACCGCCGCUAACUAGAUUGCAAAACUAGUCGAUCAGUAGAUAAAAAAAGCGAACGAUGCCCGUAACGUAAACCGGCAGUGAACCAGGCGAUUUUUCGCGAAUGAUUUACGUCACCGGCUCAACCCGCGGGUCCUACUGCCAUCCCCUUGUUGGGUCAAUAAAACAACAAUGACGAAAAUUACGAGCUCAACCGCUGAUUAUCCGACGACGGAACUGCCAAAAAGGAAUUGUCGAUUGUUAUAAACUGGAUAGCGAUGCGGAAAAUUGUUAGUGCAUCGAAUGAGUCGGCCGUGUACAGUGAACCUCAUUAAUAUUCCGCAUAAAUAUCGGCGAUUAGUUCUAAAUAAGGUGCCAGGAACAAUUGAACGUAAUUUAUUAACCAUCUACUCCAGUCAAUAACCGUGGGUGUGUCUCCAAGUGCAAUGCUGACCUAUUUAUCUUUGUAAGGGGGUACCUCAAGAUGGUUGAAAUGGAUCAAAUUCGUAGAUUUGCGGAACGGGAAUUGUUCUCAGCAUACAUCGCCAUGCCGCCAUGGCGCUGCUAAUGCGACGUCUCUUCGUAGACGCUCAGGCAAAGCUUCGCAGAAUGGUAGAAGAAAACUCUACCGACCUCAGCUCUCGGAUCGAAUCCGACUACCCCAGCGCCAACCUCGUCCCCGUCCCCAGCCCCGUUUGCUUACCCGGCGAGACCAAGCCAGCAGCAUCAGAGCCGCCCGCUCCUGCUUCGGCAGUAGACAAAAUCCCCCCGAAUGAAGAAGCGAAAACCGACGAUUGUGAUGUAGACGUUAAGGACAAGAAGAACAACAACAAGCCGAACAAACAGACGGACAGAAUCGCCGUGGAAACGAGGAGGAGCAAGUCUCUGUGUGUGGAAACCGGCGAAGAGGCCAACAGGAAGGAUUUUAGGAAGACCAAGUCGAAUUCCAUGAGGGAAGAAGAGCUUAACGGCGAGUACGAGAAGGUCGAAAAUGGCGGAAAGGACGCCAUUGAAGUGACGCUCGAGGAGAGCGUCACCGCCUUGAAGGAUAGCCGGUCGUCUCUGGAGACGGGCUCAGAGUCGCCGAAACCUGGUUGCAGCAGUCAGCCUGAUAUAGAUUCCUCCUCCCCACGCUCCCCCCGGAGCUACGACGGCGCCAACCGCGACGACCUCUCCGCCCUCAUCCCCUCCCCUUCGAACUACUCCAAGUCGAUGGUCACGAUAAGGCGUCUGCGUCAGGAAAACGAGCGCCUGCAGGCGGAAGUGACGCGACUGAAACGUCUCGUCGUUUCCGGCGCUUCGUCGGUACUCAGCGACAAGAAUUUACCCCCCGCCGGCGUGAAGAACGAAGACGAAACGUCGGACACGUACGCCCUGGAGAUGAAGCUGCAGCUCGCUAAGGAGGCUUUGACUACCCUUAAAGCCGAUAAACGAAGACUGAAAGCAGAAAAAUUUGACCUCUUGAACCAGAUGAAGCAGUUGUAUUCUACCCUGGAAGAUAAGGAGAAGGAAUUGAGAGAUUUCAUCAGAAGCUACGGCCAGCGGGCAAGAGACAGCGAGACCUCUUUGCAACAACUCUCCACGGAACGCGAAGAAAGGGAAAGAGAACGCUGGAGCUUGUUGAGACACGCCAGGGACGAAGCCGAAAGGAGUUUGUCACUAGCCGCGCAGCUCAACGCCAAAGAACUGCAGCUGCAGCACGCGCAGGAACAAUUGCAGGAGGCCAGGAGACAGUUGGCAACGAGCGGCUGCCUCUCCGAUCAGGAAUCCCUCGCGUCGCUGCCGCGACACAGCAUCAACGGCGGCGCUCUUACCCCUGGAUCGGGAGGUUUGCUGUCCGGCCAUCACGGACUGGGCCAGCUUCCGGGCGACAGGGGUAGCUGCAGCGCCGAUUCCGGAGUGAGAGUUAGUUCGGAUAGAGAGAGUGGCGCCACCUCCGUGGCCGGUAAUUUGUCCGACAGCACGACCGAAGGAACGCCCACUAUUACUUUAGGGGACGGCCACAAGGAUUUGGACUCCGUGUCGCUAGUGUCGUCUGUACCGCCGCCGCACAUGUACCAAACUUCAACCAAAGACUGCAGCCCAACAUUAUCACCUUUAAAUUCCAAUACGUUUUCUAGAUCAGUAGAUCCUGCUACUUUAUCAAGGUCUGUGGAACAACUGAGUUCUCCCAUGGAGCCAGAACCAAUAACAGUUAAUAGAAGAAGCAAACAAUCGAUGAGGCCAUCUAGCGGGCGGGGUGGUACCUGGGGUAGUAUAUCAAGAGUUUUUGCCCGAUCGAGACACAGAAACAAGUCGAAUUCAUUGCAGGAAACAACGGAAAGUUACGAUCAGUAUCGAAGUUGGUCUCCUCUAACUGAAGAAGGUUACGCAGAAAAACUGAGGCUACUGAGGGAGGCUAAUAGCAUUCCUAUGGAACGCUGGAGAGCUUCAACAGUAUUAGCAUGGUUGGAAAUAGCUUUGGGAAUGGCGCAAUAUGGUUCUAGGUGUGCCGAGAAUAUCAAAAGUGGAAAGAUUGGUCCUUUGCAUGGUCAGGUGCUCUUGGAGCUGAGUGAUCUGGAGCUGGAAUGCGGUCUGGGGAUCGCGCAUCCUAUGCACCGGAAGAAGAUCCGAUUAGCUAUCGAGGAACAUAGAAAUCCGGCCCUCGUGAGGUAUCCUUGCAUAGCACAACUCGGACACACUUGGGUUUCUAGUGAGUGGCUACCGGAUUUGGGAUUGUCGCAGUAUUCUGAAAACUUUGCUGUAAAUAUGGUUGAUGCCAGAAUGCUGGAGCAUCUCAGCAAGAAAGAACUAGAAAAAUAUUUGGGCGUCACCAGAAAAUUCCAUCAGGCGUCCAUCGUUCACGGUAUCCACUUGUUGCGCAUAAUGAAAUAUGACAGACAGGCUCUUGCUGUUAGAAGACACCAAUGUGAAACUAUGGACGCUGAUCCGUUAGUUUGGACCAAUCCUAGAUUCAUCAAAUGGGCCAGAAGUAUCGAUUUGGCUGAGUAUGCCGAUAAUUUGAAAGAUAGCGGCGUGCACGGAGGUCUCGUGGUGUUAGAACCUUCCUUCAACGGCGAUACGAUGGCCACGGCUUUGGGAAUCCCCGCCAGUAAAAAUAUCAUUAGACGACAUCUAACGGCCGAACUAGAAGCUUUAAUUCUACCCGCAAGAUCCACACUAGAGCACUAUGUUCGGGUAAGGACCAAGUCGAGGGUCCUUGGAGGUUCCUUAGGACGAACGUUUCCUCGGGUCCACAGUGGAAGCGGGGCCUCUUCGGUCAGCAAGGAUUCUCGCAAAUCGAAUAUUCGUAUAUACAGCGGUCGAGGACCUGAGAGUUAGGAGCAUCUUGUAAUAAUACGCAAAUAGUCAGUUACCAUAAAUGAUAUUAAUCACCGAUUUGUUGUAAAUUUGGGUGAUUCACUUGUGCAUUCCCCCGUAGAGGUAAAUGGAAAGACGUGUGUUACUGUGAAAAAUUAUUUAAACUGUGUCAUGUGAAUAACAAAUAAACAAAUUCGAGU